AGCGUCUCUUCAGGACCCAGAGUGAAGGCAGGCAGUGGAGGUGUGCUCUUGGCUUCUAAUUCCCGUUGUGUUGAAUCGUUUACCUUAAAGUUUCAUCAAUAAUGCUCAAGAAUUUACUACGAUUCAAGUAACACCAAGGUUUCUUUUAAGGGAAGAGAGCGAUGGCCUCUACAGAGGGUCCUGAGUCGGGUUCGCCGGAGAGUAAAGGAGACCGCUGCUCAGCCGACUCCGAUGGCAAAUACCCCAUGAAGGUCCUCUACUGCGGAGUAUGCACCCUGCCAACAGAGUACUGCGAGUACAUGCCUGAACCAGCCAAGUGCAGACAAUGGCUGGAAAAGAACUUCCCCAAUGAGUUCGCACGGUUGACCAUGGAUAAUGCCCCACAUAAGGGCCAGGAAGGGCCGAAAGGUGGCGACGCCCCUCCAGCCGGAGAGGAGGAGGAGAAGAAGAAACAGAAGAGAGGUGGACGAGGACAGAUCAAACAGAAGAAGAAGACUGUACCACAGAAAGUUACGAUAGCCAAAAUCCCCCGCGCUAAAAAGAAAUACGUCACACGAGUUUGCGGCCUUGCGACCUUCGACAUAGACCUUAAAGAAGCUCAGAGAUUCUUUGCGCAAAAAUUCUCCUGCGGUGCCUCCGUGACGGCCGAGGAUGAGAUCAUCAUCCAGGGCGACUUCACAGAUGACAUCAUCGACGUCAUCCAGGAAAAGUGGCCCGAGGUGGAUGACGACAGCAUUGACGACCUUGGCGAGGUGAAGAAGUGAGGAGCUGAAACAUGACGAUGCACUUUUACCGACACGAACGCGAUGUGACACCCAACACAACCAACCACCUGGCCAAAUGUACACAUUCACAUUAAAAACAAACAAACGCGCAAACAACCGUCAUUUUAUAUAUUUUAUUUACUGUAUAGACAGACAAGACCGUCAGUCAGUUGGUGGACUCUGCUGCCACUUCUCUUGGCUUCUUUCUUCUCUUCUCUUUUUUCUUUUCUUUUCUGUUCUGUUGGUUCCAUCUCAGUUUGAGUUCUGGGGCCUAUGCUAACAAGCUGGUUCAGGAGUAAACCAGGUAAAGUUAAAAGGUAAAUCAUCUAAUAGAAGAGCCUGGAGUCCUCAUUUUCUUAAGGAGUAAACCAGGUUAAGUUAAGUGGUAAAUAAUCUUAUAGAAGAACCCGUAGUCCUCAUUUUCAAAAAUCAGGACUCCAGGCUCUUCUAUUAGAUGAUUGACCUCUUAACUUUAACCUGGCUCAAGGCCACUUCUUCAGCCAUGGAUGGAGGUGUAGGGAGAACUGGUAAGCGUGAGAUUCGAACUUGCAACCCGGUUUCUUAAGAAAAUGAGGACUCCAGACUCUUCUAUUAGAUGAUUUACCUCUUAUCUUAACUUAACCUGGUGUGCUCCUGCUCCAUCUUCUUAGUAUACUGUAGGCCUCCAGGGUUUACUAGUUGCUUCAUCUCUGGGUUGCCAAAGCUCCUCUACAAUGUGAACAUCUCUCACCAUUUCAGCUUCACUACAACUCAAGUCUUCACUUCACGUCACUUCACUUCACAACCUGUAGGCUAAUAAAUUUUUGCUGUCAGUA